AUGUCAAUCCGGGUAAGCGCGAGACUGGAACUACGUAUCUCGCCAGGUCGCGUAACUGGAAAGCUACCUAUCUGGAGAUAUGAUGUCGUUUAUUGGACACCUCUAAUGCAACAUGGGCGCUUCCUGAGACCGUUGGCCAGACUAGGCAGGAAUAUCGUGUUUCAUAUCCCUUGCUUCGGGGUACGACUAUCGUCCUAUACACUAGCUAGAUCAACAAAUAUUCCGGAAAUGGCGUCUGGAGUGCAGCAGAUCCCGCUUGACGACCCCCCGCCCAUCAAGCCAUGUACGCCUUUCUUCAUUGCGCCGCAAAACAUUCCUCCCAACAGGAUUUCGUAUAAAAUCUGGGAUGGAAAGCGUCCGAUCAUAGUAAGUAGCGGCGUCGGAUGCCUCGAGGUUACUUUAGUUAUCGGCAAAACUUACUUGCUGUAUGGAUCAUCACCCAUAAGCAUGAUCGAGUUCCUGAUCCCGAGAGGGGCAACUCCAGACUGCGUUGCAUUUCCCAUCUACCGAAAGGGCGGUGAGGUGUUUGGCACAAUCUGGACGCGGGAGAAGUACAGAAAGCGCCCCCAUUCCAUCCCAGGUCGCUUGAGCGAGUGUAUGUUCCUCCUACCUACCCUCGGGACUGCAUCCUGCAGUAGUCUGCAGUGGAGGGUCCAGGCGUCGGGGAAAGUAGACCGCAAACUUGUUCUGCGUUUAUUGGAAAGGAGUAUUGUAGAUAAUGAAGUACACCUAUGUGUCGUGACAGCAGAUGGAGUUACGGAGGACACUAAAAGCUACACUGCUGCUACUAUUCUUGGCCAUGCAGUGGCCGUAGCGCUUGCCCCAUGUGGAUGGAUGGGAAGACAGGGAGCAGAUCCUUGACAAUGCAGAGCAGCCAAGCCCAGUUCAAGAUUCGGUUCCUUUUGUUGACGGCGUUCUCCGUACCUGAUUGAUUUUUGAGAUGAAUUGGCGAGGGGACUCAAAAACAAACAGUGAUUACAUGGACAUAAGGCCUAAACGAGAAAAUCACUAUUAGUUGUUUAUUACUAUUCCGUAAUAUAUUUCUGGUCAGAAAGUACUACUGACAAUAGUAUCAGCUGACUAUCCGCUCAAUAUGGAGAAGAUCCAGAUAUUGAAGUGGAGGAUUAAUUUCUGUUAUGGAAUACUUGUCGAAGCCGUCGAAGGGUGGCCAUGGCAGGAGCUGCCCGUUAUUAAUCUCAUUAGUCAAUGACAAUCUUCAAUGGUUGGGGGGAAAAUACAAAGUCAGAUGGCCCGAGUCCCCGCCCGCCCACUCUAAGGAGCGCCUCUCCCUGAGAGUUGAAGACAGUUUAGGGGAGCAGAUGGUGGGAAAACGGCAAUAGUAGGAUGGAAUAGGAGCGCCCCCGACGAGACCAAGUGGCACGGUUCAAGGGAAAGGUACCGAGAAUAACAGCAACGAAAAAAGAGGGUAGCUAGUCCGGUGGGGCUCAC